AUGUCUGGAAAAAUUCAACAAGAUGUCUUUGUGGAUGAUGAGAAAAUGAUAAGUACGGGUUUUUCUUUAGCUUCCAAGUGUUGUAUUUGUCAGCAAGAUCAAGACAGCAUGGCUCACUUACUAUGGGAUUAUAUCUUCAGUAGAAGCAUAUGGACAUGGCUAGGUAACAUUUUUAACUUUCCUAAUCCAUUCUCUUUUGUUGGCAUUCUAAAAUUUGUAAAAAAUAAAAGCCCAAUAGUUAAGGAGGCAUGGCUAACUGCAGCUCUUUCAACAAUGAGAGAGCUUUGGUUUCAAAAGAAUAAUAUCAUGUUUGAUAAUGGUAAGCCAAAUGAGAAUAAUUUCAAGAAAAGAAUUUUGAAUUUAGUUCACUAUGAAGGAUACAGAAUGCAUGGUGCUAGAUGGGGGCAGGUUUAUGAUUCAAACAUUCUCAACUUCUUCAAUUUAAGUAACAGAAGGAUUAGAUUCCAAGCCAUUAAAGAAUGUUACUGGUCAAGUCCUAAAAUAGGUUAUGUAUUGUUUUGCUGUGAUGGAGCUGCAGCUGGUAAUCCUGGUAUCGCAGGCUUUGGUAUUAUAACAAGAGGUUGUAACUGUGAAGUGAUAGGGACUGUAUCUGGAGGAUUAGGAAUAACCACUAAUUAUAUAGCAGAAACUCUGGAAGUUAUAUAG